CCAGCACAAAUGGCAUCGGCGACGUCAUUGGCAAAACGUCAUUUUCAUUAUAUCAUAAUUUUCUGCGAAAAAUUGAUUUGCAUUUGUGCGUGAGAUAUUUGUUUACACGUGUGUUUGAUUUCGUUUGAAAGUUAAAAACUUAUGGAAUGGAUGCCGAACUUGAGGAUUUGGGAAGUAUCAUCUCAGACUACUUUGUUCGUACCCCGGCGAGUACACCCGUUUGUUCCCAGACAUUGGAGGCGAGUGACGAGAGCGACGUGGAUACUACCAGCUACGCCGACAUCUGUCAGGAUCGUGUGAGGUCUAUGGUGAGUGAAAAUAUUGAUGCGAGUGAUGACAACAAUAGCGACAACGAAGACGAUCAAAGCUAUGGUCGAUCACUAUCAGAGGAUGAAAACAACUGAACUUUCUAAUCGACGAGAACGAAACCCCUGGGAAAGAUGGCAAGAUUACGCACGGCCUAAACGCAGUGCUUUCCAUGGUAGAUUGGGCACUGGAAACAGCGUCAAAUACAUCUAGGUCGUUCAUUAUUGACGCCGAUAACUGUCCAGGACAGAAUUAAAACAGGUACGUCAUUGGAUACUUCCUGUGGCGUGUCAUGACAGGUCAGCAGGACAUCAUCGAGUUCCUGGUGCAGAUUCCCGGCCACGCGCGUUGUCACGUAGACAGCGGGUUUGCCUGUGUUAAAAAGGCUUACAGACGAAGCGACGUAGAGACAAUGGGCGAGUUGGCAGCCGUUGUGGACGGAUCGAUCAGCGCCAACGCUGCAGUUCGUUACCCAGCAUGGUGCUGGCGUAACUGGAAGUCGUUUCUAGGCGAACACUUCAAUGCGCUACCUGGCAUACGGAAAUAUCAGUACUUCCGAAUGUCGUCUGCUGACCCCGGUGUUGUCAUGGCGAAGACAUGCAGCGACGGUGAAGAGACCUCUUUGUGUUUAUUGAAGAACCCAGGUUUCCUUUUCACGAACACCGACCGUCCAGUUCAGCUGUUCGCUCCUGGAUAAUCUGUGCACAGAAUGUCGCGACUACUUGCGUGAUAACGUGCGACCUCUAUUGUCAGCUCGGGGUCAGGAAGGCUUCGCGUGUUAGACAGAAUGUGACAUGUUUACUGCUCGAACUGUGCUAAGGGUUGAUUUAACCAGUUAUUGUUAAUGUAUCAUGGAUUCUGUACGUUUGUUUGUUUAAC